GACUCUCGCGAAAAGACCGGCGCAUGCAGGAACCAACUUGCACAGCCGAUAAACACACUUGUCAUUGCCGUUUGAAUAUGUUUUGAAUUUUUUGUUCGGAGCUCGUUUUUUGUGUUCGAUUGUGAUUACUUAUUCUUCGCGAAUGAAAAGAGUUGGUGUGACCGAGGCAUGUCGUAGGAUCUAUAAGAUUAUUUAGUAGUAGAUUUUCUUAGAAUUUUGUAAAAAAUGAAGGGGAAUCGAUUACCAAUGGCUCGUCUAUUUAUUAUUCUUUUGACUCUGACUUCGAUCCAAGUCAAUGCUGAGUCGGUUCUAAAUUGGCUAUGGGGUAGCAAAGAAGAGUCAAAUGUUGUUAUUUCUGAUGGAGUACCACUGAUUAACAUCCCUUAUGAAAUGCUGACGGAAGAUGAAAAGUUCUUAAAGGAAGCAGCCAAACUUGUCACUGACAUACAAAUUUCUUCGCCGCUGGAAAUAUGUCAGCACAAAGUAGUUAUGAAAAUUAAAACAUCUUGUAGCAGUAUGACAGAGGAGCAACUUGCUAAACUAAGCGUUAAUUUGCUCAAUUGUCAGUCAGCUACCGAAGGCCGUAAAGUUUUUCCUUGCGAUGAGGAUAUGACCAUAAAACAAUGUACUUCAAGUAUGGAUGCUGACACCUGGAAUGCUUACCAUUUGAUGAGCAAUCGAGCAAGAGCUGUGUGUUAUGCAGCAAGAAGUCAUCAAUUUCGUGCUCUCACUGAAUUGACUGUUAACAAAUUAAUGCAAUCUGCUCAUUCGCAAAUACAAACUUUAUCAUCAUUGAAGGAAAGUCAAGACAGAUUAGAGGAACAAUCUGUAGCUGCUCAUAAAAUAAUAGAAUCAAAUAUUGAAGAUCUAACUAACGAAAAAGCUUUAAUCAAAGCGGGUCACGCUCAACUUGCCAACAUGACGGAAGAAAUAAAAAGAAAAUUAGACAAAGCGAGCCAGGAGCUUAUGGAACAGGCUUCUGAGCGUGGUGAAAACCACCAGGAAAUACUAAAAGAUCUAGAAAACAUCAAAAUUCAUGCUCAAAUUCUUUGGGACAAAAUUGAAAGUAGCACUAAUCGUAUAAUUGAGCAAAAUCAAGAAGCUGCUCUGCAGUAUGAAGAGACCUUGAUGAAGCUUGAAAAAAUAAACCAAACUAUUAUUUUCAUAUGGGAUCUAACAAACAGCAUGCGUAAUGAAGUUGAUAAAAAAUUAGGAUGGAUCACUGAAUAUAUAGGCACAACAGGAGAAAGUAUUGAUAAGGUUUAUCGCAUCGUAUUGCAUGUCGUGUAUUUGCUUGGGGCAAUGAUUGCAGCUGCAUUCCUUCAUGCGCCGUUUUUAACUAGAUCAGCAAUUUUGGGAGUUGUUCCACUGAAUCUUGCUUCCUAUUUGAAACAUGGAUUAAGCGCCUGCUUAGAUUUUGUGUCUCUCUCUGUAUUAAUACUAUUGAUUACAGCAAUGCAUUAUGUCAUGAAUGGUAUUCAAUAUUUGCUGCGUCCCAGAGGUGAAACUAAUUCAGAAAAAAGAAAAGGGCGUGAUAUGCCGGCACCGCAUACCAAUGUCAAUGGGUAUGCUAAUUCCAAUGGAAAUGCAAAUACGCACGAUGUAAAGGCAAAACAGCAGCCAUCAUUGGUGCUAAGAAUCGUGUAUGGCAUAUCGAACUUCUGGAAUUCUGCUAACGAUCAAAUUCAUCAGAGUUCAGACAAUUUAAAAGCUACUUAUUCCUCAAUGAAAUCUUGGAUUUGGCAAAAAUUGGUUCCUACAGAAGAACUUUCUUGUUCGUAUAUACCAUCUAAAAAGUAUUACGAUCGCAUUGUAUCCAGCAGAAUAUAUCCAAGCAUGUCGGACGAGAGCAGCGAUUAUAAUGAUACCCGCGAAUCUCCCAAAUUUGUGCUAAGUGAUGAUCACAGCGUCACUGGUGCUGUACUGAGACGAAAAACGCUCGACAGGGGUAUAUCGCCAUUGACUGCUUUCUUCAAGGGACCGCAUGAGCCAUUAAUACGCGAAACGAUGCACGCUCCGCUAAAAAGAUCCGUAACUCCGUCAUCUCAAAACAUAACUCCAAUUACAAGACCUAUAUGUGGCGCGAGGACUAGAAGUGGAAAUCCUUGUCGAUUGACAGCGUCAAGAGGACAAAAUUUCUGCCACAGGCAUGCAACAGGAUCGUCUACUAUGGGUGAUUAAACUCAAUGAGCCCAAGAUUCCAGAAUCGUCAUGCUACAAGAUAUCGAAGCAUGUGCGUAUCAUUAUUUUUAAAUUUCAUAGCCUAAUUAUUUUUCUAUAAAAAUGACUUGUAUAUGAGCAAGAUUCAUUCUAGCUAGCGUUAUACUAUUUAUUCAAUUUAUGACUUGUAUAUAAUAUGAUUUUAUAUAUUGAAAACUUAUGACAGUAUUUUUUAAGUUAAAACACUAAUCUAGUGCAUAAGCCAACUGUUAAAACACACAUUACAAAAGUUGCGUGUAAAAAAGCACAACUGAAACCUUCAUAAUUUGUGUUUCUACCUGCGCAGUUGUUAGAAGUUAGAAUCUCAGCUGUUAUUUUAUACUAACUUUUCACGAUUAUAUACACAAGCUUAUAUAGUAAGCUAAGUAAUGUUAAGAAAUGGAAUGUCAAAUCUCGAGCGUAUUGUAAAAGAAAUUGUUUAUGUUAUCAAAAAUAAGACGCAUGGAUAAAUUUGUAAAAAAAUUAAUAAAAAUCAAUCACAAUAAGCCA